CUCUUCUUUCUCUAAACUGCCGUCAAACCUUUCCUUUUUCCACCGUUAAAUCCUAUUCAAUGUCGCCUAGAGAGAGAACACCGGCCGUCGUCAAAGCUAACGCCGCCGAUAGCGGUGUUGGUCCGCUAGUAAGAGAGGCGCAUUUUAGAGGGGUGAGGAAGAGACCAUGGGGGAGAUACGCUGCCGAGAUUCGUGAUCCUGGGAAAAAAAGCCGUGUAUGGUUAGGUACAUUCGAUACGGCUGAGGAGGCGGCUAGGGCGUACGAUGCGGCGGCGCGUGAGUUUCGUGGUGCUAAAGCCAAGACCAAUUUUCCAGUGUAUGAAGAUAAUUGUUUGUUGAAAGUGGAAAAUGAUGAGUUGUUUAAAAAAGCGAAUUUAGUGAGUCAGCAGAGUACGAGUCAGGGAAGUACCGUCGAGUCCGCGGGUCGAGAGGCGGAAUCGGUAGUGCCGUCGUUGGAUCUCAACCUCUCCUACGGCGUCCCCGCUCCGUCGGUGGUGCAGUUUCCUUUCCACCAGAAGAAUCUGUAUCGUUUUCCUCCACCCGCAGGUACGGUGACCGGAUUUUUCUCGCCGCAGUCGAGUCAAAUGUUUUAUUUCGACGGGAUCUUCCUCUCCGGACAAGUUCAGGUUCACCAUAGCGGCGGCUACGAUCGCCCUCCCGUACUUUUCCGGCCAUCUGCUAGCGUUGCACGGAGCGAUGACUCGAACUCAUCCUCUGUUAUCGACUUGAAGCCGUUACCAACUCCGGCACCACAACCACAACCACAACGCAUCGCCAUCGAUCUUAACCUUCCUCCACCAGCUGAAUGAAUCAAUCAACCUGAUUUUGAUCUUUAUUAUCUAAUCACUAGAGCCUUUUUUUCAUCGGUAUGAUCUUUUUCGUCGGUCAACAUCGUCGACUGUAAAUUCUAAAUCAGAUCUCAAUUUCUUUGCAACAUUUAGAGAAAUCUGUAGCGUAAUUUCUCCUCUUGUUGUUCCUCAACAUUUGCCUGAAUGUGUAAUCGCAUUUUGUAGAAUUAUUCAACGUUUUUUUUUUCUUAUUAAUGUGACUUUCUACAAGUUUUCCGGUAUCAA